AUGAGCUUACCACGCUCACCGCCUGGAGGUGGCAUGUGUGCGGGACGUAGCGGAUCUUUUCUGAAUUUGUCUGAGUCACAUAAAGAAGCCAAAUCGCAAAUCACUUUACGUAAUAAACGAAAAUUACCCGACGAUAAUGAAGUGAUCAAGUCUGAUAUUGCUGAAAUAAAAAGGCAGAUGUCUGAAAUGCUAGACUUAUUAAAAUCGUCCAAAAGUGAACAAACCGAAAGUAUAAAUAAGCUCUCGGUAAAUGUUGCUGCGAUAAAAGCUGACGUCGCUAAUAUUAGCAGUACCAUGCAAAAUAUUAUCUUGGAAAAUAAAAAAAUUAAAGACCAACUCUCAAAAUUAUCUGUUGCUGCCGAAAAUACAGAAAAGAAAGUGAGGCUUCUUGAAUCUGAUGUCUAUAUAUUAAAAAAUAUGCCUCCUUCAUCUUCUAUCCAAACAACUGCCACACAAAAUGAAAUCUUCACCGAAAUCGAGGAACGAAACCUCCGAGCCAAAAAUAUCAUAGUUGCUGGAAUUCCUGAAUCCCGGAAUUAUACUACAACAAAUCGGCAAGAUUUACGAUAA